CUUGAUUAAAGCCCAUGGCGGAGUAGUCUUCUAUCCAACAUUACUGUUCAUUCUUCACAGCAACUUAAGUUAUGGUCUAAAAAGCAGCACCAACCAGCCAUAAAGAUACUUUCGGGGGGCGUUUCGCUGCCUGUUUGGAUCGGGAUGAUCUCCAACUGUGAGGAGUGAUCACAAAGCCUGUGUGUGUGUGUACACUGUGGGGUAGCAACAGUAGAAUGAGCUGCCCCAGAGCCAUCACAGUCUGCGGGGACUGACACACAGCGCUGCAACUGCGGAAGUCGAUGCAGUCUUCCAGAGGCUCUCACUCCCUGUGGCUGAGAAACCAGCAGCAGCAGCAGCAGCAUGUCCCGCGUCUCCUCGACCGCCAAGCGCUACUCUGGCCCCUCCUACACCAGCCACUACAGCUCCUACAGCUCCUCCCUGACCCCGGGCCUUAGCUCCUACAGCGAGCGGGACAGGCUGUCCUCCUACAAGUCCCCCACGUCCUCCUCCACCUCUUCCUCAGGUUACUCGUCCUCCAGCUAUCUGAGCAGCUCCACCGCCCGCAGCCGCAACUACAGCACCUCCUCAGACCCCGACCGCGACCGGGGCAGAACCAUCCCACGCACUGACAUCCUCGGCAGCAGCAGCAGCAGCCGCCGGAGUGAGAGCCUCAGCAGAACUCCUGUCAAGAGCUAUGGAGGGUCGGGACUGAGUGGGGGAUCCGCCUACACCGGCUACAGUUCCUACUCUUCAUCCUCAGCCCAGUCCAGCUACCUCUCCUCUUCACCGGUGGCCUCCAGCAUCUCGCUCAGCCGACGAAAAUCUGUAUCCCAGAGUGACUUGAGCAGGGACCUGGCCUCCCUGGGCCUCAGUGACACCUCCUCCUCUUCCUCCACGCCGUCUUCUUCCACCAGUACGCUGCGGAGCUACCGCAGUCGGACCAGCGAUGUGGCCAACUCGUAUGGCGCAAGCUCCCGCCCGGGCUACUCAGGCCUGUUGCGGAGCUCUACUCAGGAGGCCCUUUCGCAGAGCUCCACCCAGGAGGCCUUCAGCAGCAGCAGCAGCAGCAGCAGAGCAUACACCUCUUCGACAUGGGAGCCGAGCAGUAAAGGGCUGUCCGACUCCCCCACCAGAGAAUCCACGAAUUCGAAGAGUGCCCAAGGCCUGGUGGGACUAAAGAAUCUAGGAAACACCUGUUUCAUGAACAGUAUCCUGCAGUGUCUCAGCAACACACACAGCCUGCGAGACUACUGCCUGCACAACUCGCACCGCAGAGACCUUAACAACAACAGCCGCACCAACACAGCCCUCAUGGAAGAAUUUGCCAAGCUGAUACAGACCAUGUGGUCGUCAUCCAGCAGUGAGGCGGUCAGCCCGUCCGAAUUCAAAACUCAGAUCCAGAGAUAUGCUCCCAGAUUUGUGGGAUACAACCAACAGGAUGCUCAGGAGUUCCUUCGUUUCCUUUUGGAUGGCCUGCACAACGAGGUCAACAGGGUCACUGUCAGGCCGAGAGGGACUGUAGAGGACUUUGACCACCUGCCGGAUGAAGAGAAAGGGAAGAAGAUGUGGAGUAAAUAUCUAGAGAGAGAAGACAGUAAGAUAGUCGACCUGUUUGUAGGGCAGCUGAAGAGCUCUCUGACCUGCAGCCACUGUGGUUUCUGCUCCACUGUCUUCGACCCCUUUUGGGAUCUCUCUCUGCCUAUCGCCAAGAAGGGCUAUGGUGAGGUGAGCCUGAUGGACUGCAUGCGGCUCUUCACCAAAGAAGACGUCCUCGACGGGGAUGAGAAACCGACAUGCUACAGGUGUAAAGCCAGGAGGAGAUGCACUAAAAAGUUCACAAUACAGAAGUUCCCCAAGAUCUUAGUGCUGCACCUGAAACGCUUCUCUGAGGCACGAAGAACCAGCAAACUGUCCACCUUUGUUAACUUCCCGAUGAAGGAUCUUGACCUGCGGGAGUUUGCCUCCGAAAACAGCAUAAAUGCAGUGUACAACCUGUAUGCAGUGUCCAACCACUCAGGCACCACUAUGGGCGGUCACUACACAGCCUACUGUCGCAAUCCCAACUCGGGAGAAUGGUACACGUUUAAUGACUCCAGAGUAACGCCAAUGUCCUCCAGCCAAGUGCGCAGCAGCGACGCCUACGUCUUGUUCUACGAGCUGGCUUCCUCCUCACGGAUGUGAAGCCUCCUGGAGGACGGCGGGCCACAGCACCACUCUGACUGACGGACAGACGGAUGGAAAAUAAGGGUGCUGGUGGAGCCAGGCCUAUUUUGGUCUUGCAUUUGGACAUAUAUCUCACACACACACACACACACACACACACACACACACAGAAAGGCACACACCCCCACCGGCCUGGAGGCUGCUUCUCUCCACAGAGAGAGCUGGAGAGGGGAACACUCUGGAAACCACAGGAACCUGAUCAACCAGCCCUGCUUUCUUUCCCUCUCUGUCUUUACUCUCAUGUCUUGCUCACUCUGGGUGGAGGUGUGUGUUUACUGUGUGUGUCUGUGUGUGUGUGUGUGUUUGUGUAUGUGUGUGUGUGUGUGUGCGUGUUUGUGUGUGUGAGUGUGCAAGGCUGAUACAGGGCAACUGGUGAAUCUGUCUCCAUCUCAGAAGUCCCUCUCUAUGCACUGCAAACUGAACUCUCAUCCUGCCUCCUGCCCACGCCUUCGCUUCUUUUUCUUCGACUCUUGAUCUUCUCAUUUGCCUCAAACCAUUAAAACUGACUUGUUGCAAUUUUUGGACUUUUGUCUGCUUUGAAUUCAUGUUGUUUUUAUGCUGUUUUUUUUUUCCUUCUUUUUUGUUUUCCUCUUGGGGCGGGUGUUAUUACCCCAGCACCAUGAGCACCAUCAUCAUCACUACCACCACCACUUUGGACUGUGGAUAAAUUGGAUGAAUUGUGCUUAGUGUGUGACUGUAAGAGGACUGGUCAUGGUCACAAGGAGCUUACAGCCCACCGGCCUGCUUGGUUUUCAUGGCUUUCCCUUCCACGGCACGACAACACUCCCAUGUCUCUGUUGGCAUCUUCUUCACUCUCUUUCUUUAUAUAAAUGGUUAGGAGGCCGGUGGCACUGUGAGCAUUUCAGAGGACAGCCCUUUAACAUGUGUUUUAUUUUGUUUCUCCUACGUGUGGCUGCUACUGAUGUUUUCAAAGUGCUGUGAAUGGAUGAAUGGACAGUCCAGUACAGAUCUGCUAAGGAUUAAUAAUAUAGACAAUAAUAACGGUAACAAUCCUCAUCGUCAGCAUGAGGUCUUUUCUUCCUCUCUUGUUUCAUGCCAUUGAACAACACGGAAAGAAUGUUUUAAAGAAAAAAAACACUAUAUCUGUAUAUUUUUAUAUCCUGAUGCAAUAUAGAGAAUGUACUAUUCAAUGGUGCUGAAAAUGACCCAUAACUGUUUUCAGUUGGUUUAUUUCCCAGGUUUCAAGAGAGAAAAAAAAGUUAUUAUUUAUGCUUACAGGUGAAAAUGUGAUGAGUCACACUUUUUAACAGUGGCAGUCAAACACAUGAGUAUAUAAAUAUAAAUAUAUAUAUGAAUAAAAGUUAACAAAACACUG